CUUGUUGGGAUCCCAAGAUGCUUGUGAUAUUGUUGAAAAAGGUAACGAGAUUCCCACUAAGGAUUCUCGAUUAACUCCUGCUGAAAAGGAAGUGUUGAGAAAGAAUAGAAAGAGUGAUCGAAAAGCACACACUCUUAUUGAUCAAUGUCUUGAUGAAUCGAUGUUCGACCAAGUUGCACAUGCUACCACACCAAAGGAAGAAUGAGAAAUUUCGCAAAAGGAAAUCCAAGGCGUGGAACCAGUAAAGAAGGUUCGACUUCAGACACUCAAGGAAAAUUUUGAAGCAAUGAAGAUGAAGGAAGGAGAAUCAGUGUCAGACUAGACAGCUCGUGUGAAGUCAAUUGUCAGCCAGUUGAAGCAGUACGGGGAGAAAAUUCAAGAGACCGCAGUGGUGAAGAAAAUUCUACGAUCGCUAGUACCAAAAUUUGACUAUGUGGUGGUGACGAUGGAGGAAGCAAAAGAGGUGUUGAAAAUGACGGUGGAUGAAGUUAUUGGCUCACUGUAGGAGAGAUAUGGAAGACUAAAUAAAAGAAAUGAAGAAUCGUUAGAACAAGUGUUAGCUACAAAAGCUACCAUUGAGGAGAAAGAAGGUGCAUGAGGAGGAGGUCAGAAUAGAGGUCGAGGCAGAGGCAAUAUAGAGGCAGAGGAAGAGGAAGAGCCAGUGGAGCAUAUCAAAGCAAGACGAAGAAAAUUUCACCACGAACAACUAUGAAUCAUCCACUGAGGCAGAGGUCAUGGUCGUUGACGUGGAAAAGGAAAUUGGAGAUCAAAUGAAGGUCGAGAUAAAUCCAACAUCCAAUGCUAUAAUUGCUCGAAGUACGGGCAUUAUGCAUUGAAAUAUUGGAGUCUGCCUAAAGAAGUGGAGGAGACAACAAACAAUGUGCAAGAAGAAGGAGUCAAAGGCACAUUGCUGCUAUCGCAUCAAGGAGAUGAAAAACCGAGAGACAACAUGUGGUAUCUGGAUAAUGCUGCAAGCAACCACAUGUGUGGAAAAAGAAACAUGUUUGUGUAGAUGGAUGAAUCAGUGAAAGGAAAUGUCUUAUUUGGAGAUUCCUCGAAGGUUCCUAUCAAAGGAAGAGGAACUAUACUAAUCAGGCUCAAGAAUGGCUCGCAACAAUUUAUCAGUGAUGUUUACUAUGUCCUAGAUAUGACAAGUAACAUUCUAAGUUUGGGUCAGUUGAUGGAGAAAAAUUAUGAAGUUCACAUGGUGAAUCGACAACUAAAGCUGUUGAAUGAGAAGAAGCAGUUGUUGGCUACAGUCCCAAUGUUGAGGAAUAGAAUGUUCACCCUGAACAUUCAAACAGAAAUGGCGAAUUGCCUGAAAGUGUGUGUGAAGGACACACAUGGAUUUGGUCAUCUAAAUUUUGGAGGCUUGAAGUUACUCAGUCAUAAGAAGAUGGUGCAUGGUCUGCCAAUGAUCAAUCAUCAUACCAGUUGUGUGAUGCUUAGUUUGGAAGCAAUUCAGGGCAAGUUUCCUGAAGGAGUCCCUGUCAGGAGGCAAAGCACUGCUUGAUCUCAUACAUGCAGAUCUUUGUGGACCAAUCACUCCAACAUUAUUCAUAAAAAUUAAUAAUUCCUACUGUUCAUUGACGACUAUAGUAGAAAGACAUGAUUUUACUUAUUGAAGCAGAAGUCAGAUACAUUUAAAACUUCCAAGAAGUUCAAAAUGCUCGUGGAGAAUGAAUGUGGCUGCUACAUCAAAGCAAUGAGAUCGGAUAGAGGGGGAGAAUUUAUGAUGAAAAAGUUCUGAAGGUUCUAUGCACAGGUUUCUCACAGUUCCAAGAUCCCCACAACAGAAUGAAGUAGUUGACAGGAAGAACAAAACUGUACUCAACAUGGUGAGAAGCAUGUUGAAGAGUAAGAAUCCGCCAAAGGAGCUAUUGGCUGAAGUUGUUGAUUGUGAAGUCUACCUACUGAACAAGUCACCAACAAUGAGUAUUUGGAAUCAAACACCCAAAGAAGCAUGGAGCGGUAGGCUCCGAGUCUUCGGAAUUGUCGGAUAUGUGCACAUACCAGAUCAAGAAAGAAAGAAGUUGGAUGACAAAAGCAAGAAGUACGUAGUCCUGGGAUACUCAAAACACUCAAACAAGAUCUUUGUUCCCGUGGAAGAGAAGGUGAUCAUUAGCACAGACGUGGUAGUUGAUGAAGAAGCAAUAUAGAAUUGGACUAUUGAAGCAAAGAAGAAUUAUACCUUUUAUCCAUUCACUAUGGAUGAAAGUGAUGAAUUACUGGAUACAGAUACACCUGUAUUGAGUCUACUCAAUAAUAGAGAAACUGCCAGUCCUAAAGGAGAUUCAAGUGCAAAAGAAAGGCCAUAAAAGUACAGAUGUCUUGAAGAUCUAUACGAAGCAACGAUAACCAUUGAAGGUGAUGAAUUGACACUAUACUUUCAUCCCAUUGAUAGUGAACCAGUGGAUGUUGAAGAAGCCAUGAAGGAUGAAAAAUGGAGAAGAGCCAUGGAUGAAAAAAUUAAAGCUAUCAAGAAGAAAAAGACUUGGGAGCUAAUAUCACUUCCUGAGAACCAGAAGCCAUUGGUGUGAAGUGGGUAUUUAAUGUAAAGAAGAAUGCCAAAGGAGAAGUUAUCGGGGACAAAGCAUGAUUGGUGGCGAAAGGAUAUUGUCAGAGAAUAGGCAUUGACUAUAAUGAAGUUUUUGCUCCCGUGGGGAGAAUGGAAAGCAUAAGGAUGGUGAUAUCUCUUGCUGCUCAAAAUCGAUGGAAGAUACAUCAAAUGGAUGUGAAAUCAGCUUUUCUGAAUGGAUAUCUCGAGGAAGAUAUCUAUGUGGAGAACCUCCUGGAUAUAUAGUUGAAGGUCGAGAAGAUAAGUUUUUGAAGCCGAAGAAAGCAUUGCAUGGUCUAAAACAAGCACUGAGAGCUUGGAAUAGCAGGAUUGACAUGUAUUUUCAACAGAACGGAGUCAACAAAUGUCCACAUGAGCAUGCACUAUACUGAAAGGUGCAAGGAGGAGCAAUCUUAUCAGUUUGCCUAUACGUAGAUUAUCUCAUCUUUAUAGGCAAUAAUCCUUGAAUGUUGAAGAGUUCAAGAAAACGAUGGUUCAUGAGUUUGAGAUGACAGACAUCGGACUGAUGUCAUACUAUCUAGGAAUUGAAGUAACUCAAAAGGAGGAAGAAAUUUUCAUCUCACAUAGUGGUUUUGCCAAAGAGGUCCUGAAGAAGUUUAAGAUGGAGAACUGUAAUCCUGUGAGCACACCAGCUGUGUGUGGACUAAAAUUAUCCAAGGACGCCAACAGAGAGAAGGUUAACUCAACAGAGUUUAGAAGCCUCGUGGGAAGUUUGAGAUAUCUGACUUCUACUAGACGAGAUAUUCUCUACGUAGUUGGAUUAGUCAAUAGAUACAUGGAGUUGCCAAUAAUAUCACACCGAAAUGCUACCAAUAGGAUACUGCACUACAUAAAAGGUACAAUCGAUCAUAAUCUGCUUUAUACUAAGUAAGAAAAUUUCGAAUUGGUUGGAUACAGCAAUAGUGAUUGUGCAGGAGACAUGGAUGAUCGCAAGAGCACUACAGGAUUUGUAUUUUUUCUGGGAGAUACAGCUUUUACAUGGAGUUCAAAAAAGCAAACUAUUGUGACAUUAUUUACUUGCGAAACUAAGUAUGUUGUUGCGACAUCGCUUGUGUUUCAUGCAAUAUGUCUAAGAAAAUUGUUGAAGGAGUUGACCAAGACACAAUAAGAGUCAACUGAAAUUUUUAUGGAUAACAAGCAUGCCCUGGCGUUAGCAAAGAAUCCGGUGUUCCAUCAUAUUGAUACGAGAUAUAGUUUCUUAUGAGUGUGUGGAGUAGAAAGAAGUGAUGCUGAAGUAUGUGAAGACAGAAUACCAAAUUGCUUAUAUUUCCACGAAGCCACUAAAGCAAGAUGUGUUCGUCAAGAUAAGGACACACUACUCGGAGUUACUACUAAUUAAACUUUAAGGGGGAGUGUUGUAAUUAAAAUAAAGUUUAAUUAAAAAU